AUACGGGCAUAAAUACGGCUGUAUUUACUGUUUCAAUUACACUACCCUACUGAGGCCCGUAUUUAGGGUCGUAUUCACAGUCAUAUUUACGCUCGUAUUUACAGUCGUUUUUUUCAGUAGGGACAGCAUUAAUGCAUCUGAGUGUACAUAAAAUUAUAUAUAAACGAAACAAGUUUUAGAAGAUUUAUUCUAAAUAUAAAAAACAUCUUAAAUGGAAAAGAAUUUAUAAAAAAAAGUUUGAUACCAGUCGUUCUUCGAAUUGUAAAAACUUGUUUUAACCUUUCUAUUUCUAGAGGCUCUAGAGAGAUGAUAUUUAGUAAAAUGCUUUCAGUUUCUUUUGAUUAUUCAAUCGAGUUUUAAUACUUACUAUUCACUUGUCAACUAAUUAUUAUUAAUAUAUCAACAGAUAUUACUUCUAGGAAAAUUUCUUUCUGAUUAAUAGUUAUGUGGCAAUUACACAUCUUUGUUGUGUCAUUAAUUUUCUGUCAAAUACGAAUGGAAUUAUUUGAUUUUGUGACAAACUCGACGACAUGCCAAAAUGAAAAUAUGAUUUUCUAUCCAUUGAUUGAAAAUUACACAUCAUGGAUGUGUGAUUGUAUUAUAAAAUAUUUAUAUUUUCCUGCAACUGAUUCUUGUCACGAACCAUACCGACAAGGACCAUGUCCAACCGGACAAUAUUUGUUGUUUUCGGAAAAAGAGAAUAGCGGAAAAUGUGAAAGAAAUCCUUGCAUUCAUGAUGGUCUUGUGCCAUUUAAGGGAGGAUGUUACUCCCUCGGAUUAUCUGGACCACCUUGUGAUAAAGAAGAUAACACUAUUCUAUUAGUUACUCUCGAUUUCAAAUUGACUUGCUCAUAUCCUAUAUUUUUUGGAAUCAUAAAUGCACCUGGAAAAACUUGCCCGACUGGAAGUCGACGAAUUUCUUUAGGAAUAUGCAAAAAGAUUUUGUAA